UGGGACGGAGUGACUAGCUGUUCGGUAUUCAGUGCGGUUCCCGCCUGACGAGCUCGUCGCUCCAUCUUGGUUUUUGUAUUUAGUCGUUAGUUUUGGCUCCUAAAAUUUUGUCUAACUUUUUGAACAGUUUUUGUAGCCCCUUGCCGUUUCGCUGUCAACAUUUAAUACCAUUAUUUUGUUUUUUCCUUCGCCUGUGUGUGUGCAUCCGGUGUCCAUUUACUGACGUCCUUUUAACCAGUCGUCACAGAACCGGUCAAAACAUGAUGGCAGUCUGUUGCUUGUUGUUGAUCUUCAUCACCUCCUCCUCCGCCCUCAAUGAGUUCUUCACAUCCAUUGGUCACAUGACUGACCUCCUGUACACAGAGAAGGACCUGGUUGCCUCGCUGAAGGAUUACAUCCAAGCUGAGGAGAACAAGUUGGAGCAGAUUAAAAAGUGGGCUGAGCAGCUGGACGACCUCUCCACUGCUGCCAUCCGGGACCCCGAAGGCUUCCUGGGCCAUCCUGUGAACGCCUUUAAAUUGAUGAAGCGGCUGAGCAGAGAGUGGGGCGAGUUGGAGAACCUGGUGCUCACCAACGUGUCUGACGGUUUCAUUUCCAACCUCACCAUCAGGAGGCAGCACUUCCCCAACGAAGUGGACCAGGCCGGUGUGGCCGAAGCCCUGCUGAGGUUGCAGGACACGUACAAGCUGGACACCGACACCCUCGCCAAAGGAGAGCUGCCAGGAAGCUCCUCCCUCCACGGCACCUUGACGGCGGACGACUGCUACGACCUCGCCAAGGUGGCGCUUCAGGAGGAGGACUUCUACCACACGGAGCUGUGGAUGUCCCAGGCUCUGAGGCAGCUUGACCAGGGGGAGCCGCCCGGCGCCGUGGAUGCAGUCACCAUCCUGGACUACCUCAGCUACUCCCUCUACCAGCAGGGGGAGCUGGAGAGCGCGCUGGAGUUCACCAAGCGGCUGCUGCAGCUGGAUCCCAGCGAAAAGCGAGCUCAAACAAACCUUCGCUACUUUGAGUAUCACCUGGAGAAGCUGGAGAAUGGUGAAGAGACCGAGGAGACGCUCAGGAUGGGUCGAGUUGUCCCAAACCUGGAGGAGAACAAGAUGUAUGAGAAGCUUUGUCGUGGCAAGAGCGCUGAAAUGACUCCACGCAGGCAGAGUCGCCUCUUUUGCCGUUACUGUGACGGCAGUCGCCAUCCGAGGUUCGUGAUCGGUCCUGUGAAAGAGGAAGACGAAUGGGACCGUCCCCGCAUUGUCCGAUAUCACGACAUAGCGACGGACGAGGAGAUUGACAAGUUGAAAGAGCUGGCCAAACCCAGGCUAAGGCGUUCCCUAGUGGUCGACAGUCAGUCAGGCCGUUCUCAUGAGGCCAGGUACAGAAUCUCAGAGAACGCCUGGCUGGGACAACACGAGCAUCCUGUGGUGGACCUGAUGGCCCAGAGGAUUGGGGACGUCACCGGCUUGGAUGUGUCCACAGCAGAGCAGCUGCAGGUGGCAAACUAUGGCGUGGGAGGACAGUAUGAACCACAUUAUGAUUUUAAUCGGGAGGAUGAGCCUGACUCCUUUGCAGCGCUUGGAACGGGAAACCGAAUCGCCACCUGGCUGCUUUACAUGAGCGACGUGCAGGCAGGGGGCGCCACAGUCUUCACGGAUGCAGGAGCUGCUGUCUGGCCCAAGAAGGGGACGGCGGUGUUCUGGUACAAUCUUCACCCCAGCGGAGAGGGAGACUAUCGGACCAGACACGCCUCCUGUCCCGUCCUCGUAGGAAGCAAGUGGGUGGCCAACAUGUGGCUACAUGAACGAGGGCAAGAGUUCAGGCGGCGUUGUCCUCUCCGAAGGUCCAAGUGAGCACGUAUCAACUGGUUUACAAAUUAAACCAAGAGGAAUCCGCUUUGUAUCAGUGUGUUACCGUGACCACCGCCAUCUGUUGUGCGGCGAACAAUAAACGGUUAGCUGUGAUCACAUGUUUUGGAGACUCGCUGCUUGUUUUUCUCACUAAUCAAUUAUCGGAGCUUUUGCAGAUGAUCUUUUGGUUGACUUAAAAAAAAAAAGUCUGCCUUUGGGUUAUUUUGGAUCAGCUCCACCCCUUCUUUUUCCUCCGUGAGUGCCUGCGUCCGCCUGUCCCAGUAUGUGAGAACAUGCCCAUCUGUCCAUGAUAGUGUGGCAAUACAGACACGGGACACGGACUAGACAGACUACAGUACAGUAAUUAAUCCCUUGUUAAUUGCGGUUAAUUGGUUCGUGAAUUCCCACAAAGUAGGAUUCCUUAUUUAUAAAUUGAAUAUUUUUGUAGCACAUAAAGCAUAGAAAAUCUGUUUAUGGCCUUCUAAAUAUGGUUUUUGACAUUAUUAGAGCCCUCUAGACAUGACAUAACACCCCUAUUCACACACCUAUUACCCAAUACAAUAGACAUAAGAGAAAAUAAAACAUUUAAGACAUAAAUAAGACUUGUGCUCACGUGUUUUGCUCUAAAUGUGUUGCGGUGCUGGGAGCUGAGUGGGGGUGGACAGGAAGUGAUGUCAGGGGUGUACGGACUUUUACCACUGAGGGCCAUAUAGUGAAAAAUGAAAGGAUGCAACUUUGCCACUUUGAUAUUUUGUAAAGCAACACACGUACAGUAGAUAUCCUAAAACUGCAUCUCAGCUUUGUCAUGUACGUGAAAAAGCAUAUUAACAUCAACUUCACUCUAUGCUCCCCCCCCCAUUUUUGCUGGGAGUUUUUUAUUUUCCAAAUAUUUGAACUUCUUAAAUCUUCAUAAAUGUUGUUCUUGUAAUAUUGACUUUAUUCCCACAAUAUUGUGACUUUUUUC